CAGCUACACGGUAAGAACCGUCUAGACCUGGUCCCAGGAGGACUUAGAUCCAGGACGGGAGCGGCUCUGCCAUGGGAGAGUCUCAGUCCAGGUCGGUGAUGCUCCACCAUCAGGACCAGCCCCUGAACUUCAGAGGCUCCAGCGGCUCCUCGUCGUCGCUUCGGAACAGGAAGGCCAACAAAGACGGAAACUUCAACUUCCUGCCGGGAAAAGAUGACGACGGUUUUGCGGGAACCGGAGACGAGAACCGGAACCAGGUGCGUCCCCGGACCCUGGGCCCGCUGGGUCACGACCCCCCGAGCUCCUCGCCGUCCUCCGGCUUCCACCACGGCUCCGGGCUGCUGUCGCCUCGGUCCCGCCUGCCCUGCUGGAGCCCUCUGGAGCCGCUGCCCGAGAUCGAGAGCGGAGACGACGGCUACGGACGGGUUCCUCCGGACGGCGCCGAGGAGCGGAGGAUGGAGGAGGAGGAGGGACGGGCCGGGACGGGCCUCAGAGACGAGAAGCUGAAGAAGGAGCAGCAGAGGAGGAGGAGCUUCAGGGGGAGGCAGCAGGAAGACCUGGAGGACCAGGAGUGGGUCGACAGCGACUCCGAGUCCGAGUACAGCUUCCGGUCCGGAGGCAGCAUGUCCGACCUCAACAUGGAGAGCGGCGGCGAGGGGACACUGAUGGGAGGCUGGGACCGCAUCGGAGUCGGAGAACCGAGGACCAACCAGCAGGACGGAGACCCCAACAGCAACACGGAGCCCAGGAGGAGGAGCGUCAGCCGGAGGAACCAGCUGGGAGGCGGCCUGGGCCACGUCCUGGAGGAGGACGACCGCUCCUCCGACUCGGACGGCGAGCUGCCGGAGCUGAUGGACGCCGUGUGGACGCUGCGGGACCGCGAGCGCUUCAAGGCCCAGGAGAUGGAGAAGCACCAGGUCCAGCUGACCAUGUACCGCCGGCUGGCGCUGAUCCGCUGGGUCCGGACCCUGCAGGGCCGAGUCCAGGAGCAGCAGAACCGGCUGCAGUCCAGCUUCGAUGUCAUCCUCACCCACAGGAAGGAGCUGCUGAGGAUGGGCGCCGCCGCCGCCAUGACCGCCGCCGUCGUCGGCCAAUCGUAGAGCAGAGAACUGAAAACUGCACUUUGGCUCCGUUUGCUUCAGAAAAGAUCCUGAAAAAGCACAAGCUGCGUUCCAAACCACGUACUUUUACUUUUUACGUCCAGUAAAGCCGCUUUCACAAAUGUACAGUCCAUAAAAGUAUGAGCACAACCAGGAUAAAAUACUUCAUCACAAUAUCACAACUUCUACUCAGACAUUCGUGCUAAACUAGCUGUUAGCCGUUUAUGCGCUCCUUCAGCUAAAACCCGUUUCUACUCGCUAGACAUUUGGAGGUAAAAGUGCAAAGGAUUGUGGGUCAGAAAGGCCAGAAAAGCAUGACCAGAUGUUGGACAGUCUAAAAAACAACUGGGUCAAAUAACAGAGAAACAUACUUUAUCCUGUAAUUACAGAAUCAACGGUUAACUAACGUGUGCAAUAACUUCCCAAGGCUAACUCGCUACGCUAGCGAACAUCGGCAAAAUGCAGCGAGAACGUUCCAUAAACUCUAAAAACAACGAACAGUUGAGUCUCAACAACUUCUUAUGAAAUUAAGUUCAACAAACAAACUAAACUGAUUUUAAAGAAUUAGCUUUUUCUCUACAUUCAAUGAUGUUUUAAUUGUUCCGUUGAUUGUUGAUUACAUAUGAAAAUUAAAUAGUUCCAGCUAAUAUGUCUGCAUUAUUUGAGCAGAAAGUUUAUCAACAAUAUUUCUGAACACAAGUUUAUAAAUUGGCAAACAUCUAAAAAAAAAAUUUUUUUUUAAAAAGUUGUUUCAAAGUGAAGGAGGCAGAGGAGGGAAAUUCUGAACUCAACGUGAAGAAAAAUGAACCAAAGUUCAUUCAGUUAUUUAAACUAGAAUUCAGUUUUAAAUCAACUAACACAGAAAGUUGAGUUGAAAUUAGACACAAUAUUAAGUUGAUGCAAUAUUAUUAUGUCAUAAUGACUCAAUAAAAUAAUGUUUGCAGCUUAAACGUUUGAUCUAAAUCAGUAAAUUAGAAGUUUUAUCUUUUGUUGUGAUGAGUUGUUGUGUGUACCAACUUAAUAUUGUGUGUAAUUUAAACUCAAAUUUCUGCGUUAAUUGAUUUAAAGCUAAAUUAAAGUUGAGGUAACUUAAUGAAAUUGACUUUAACUACAGUUUUCUUCACCUUGAGCUCUAGAUUUUAUGUCCUCUCUCUAAUUAGUUCACAGUGAGGAACUUCAUUUGUAAAACUUUGUCAACUUAAAAACUUGUGUUCAUAAUUAUGGUAAUUAAGUACGUAAAAUUUAACAAUUCCUUUCAAUAAUGUGGAAAAACUAAUUAGAACAACUUCAUGUUUUAAGGAACUUGUGUUUAUGCUACCAGUAAUUAAUUUAAAAUAUGUUUGAUUGUAGAAGAAAAGCUAAUAAAGUUUGUUGGUUCAACUUGAUUUUAUUAAAAAUUGUCUGAACUCAAAAAGAUUAACUGAUUGAAGCAGUUUAAAUUAACUUUAAUUCAAGUUUAAAUUUAAGUUAAUUAAAAUAACUUAAUUUUUCUUCACCUUAAGUUCACGGGUUCAAAUUCCCGGAUUUAUCUACUUAACAUUAGACCAACUUAAUUUUUUAAAUUUUGUCAACUUAAAAACUUGUGUUCAUAAUUAUAGUAAUUAAAUACGUAAAACUUGGAAAAACUAGUUGGAAGAAGUUAUUUUUUGAAGACUUGUGUUUAUGUUGCCAAUAAUUAAAUAAUUUAAAAUAUGUAAAAGCUAAUUCAACUAACUCAAUAAAGUUUGUUGGUUCAACUUCAUUUUAUUAGAAGUUGUCUGAACUCAAAAAGAUUAGUUGAUGCAAACUUUUUGUUGUAAGAGUGUGAGUUUUGGAACGCAGCUUCGAUCUCCCAUCAUGCUCUCUGGUGUUUUUAGCUUCAAUUGUGUGUUUUUUGUUGUUUCCUCUUUAGUCGGCUGCAGGUUGAACUUUACUUGUGUGUCUUCACCAGAACAACAUGACGCAGCCUGACUUUAAUGUUCAUAUCAGGAAAGCUGUGUGUAACUGUUGUUGUUGUUGUUGUUGUUGUUGUUGUUGUGAGUAGAAAAAUAUCUGAUGCACCAAAAUAUAUUCUCCAGAGAUGAUUUAUAUGCUGAGACGCUGUAUAUAAUUAUGAUAAAUUAAAAGAGUAGCUUAUAUCUAAAACAA